AAAUUAGAUAAUAAUUUGCUGCCGACACUCAUUCUCCCUACUAGUGGUUGUCCUUUGGCUUCAAGCUUUUAGGCCUUGCUUGCUUGGUUCUUCGAGCUUACAACAUUUCAUCUCCUUCCUACUUGGCCCUUUCGGCAAAGAGUUGAAGAAUUAUCCACAGAGCCUAUACAAGUUUCUAUAUUGAAUGUGUUAGUGCUUUGUUCUUUCUCCAACCCCAUCUGGGUUCCCACUAUUAUGUGGUUUUUGUUCUGAAACUAUCUUUCAAUUAUCAUAAUCUGUGUUACCAUAAUCUUAAGAAAUGCUUUCUACAAAAUCUGAGUCUGAUGUUACCAGUUUGGCGCCAUCAUCGCCUUCAAGGUCACCAAAGCGUCCAACGUACUAUGUUCAGAGCCCUUCGAGAUGUUCUAACGAUGGGGAUAAAUCUUCCUCAAUGCAUACCACUCCAAUCUAUAACAACAGCCCAAUUGAGUCGCCUUCACACCCGUCGUUUGGCCGGCAUUCGAGGAACUCAUCAGCGAGCCGAUUUUCGGGCAUUUUCCGGUCAUCUUCUGGCAGAAAAGGAAGCAAGAAGCAGAUUAGUAAUGAAAAAGGGUGGCCUGAGUGUAAUGUAAUCAUGGAAGAAGGACCUUAUGAUGACCUUGAAGACAAAGCUCUGUCUAGACGUUUUCAAGUUCUAAUUGCUCUCCUGAGUUUCAUUGCUUUGUUCACACUUUUCUGCCUCAUCAUUUGGGGAGCCAGUAGGCCUUUCAAGGCUCAGAUUUCUGUCAAGAGCUUGGCUGUGCACAAUUUUUAUGUUGGAGAAGGUUCAGAUUCCACUGGGGUUCCUACCAAGUUGCUGACAUUGAAUAGCACGUUGAGAUUAAGUGUAUACAAUCCUGCUACAAUAUUUGGCAUUCAUGUCACCUCCACACCAAUUGAUCUCAUUUAUUCAGAGAUUGUUGUGGCCUCUGGUCAGUUGAAGAAAUAUUACCAGCCAAGAAACAGUCACCGGAGAGUAUCUGUCAACUUGGAGGGAAUAAAGGUUCCUAUGUAUGGAGCUGCAUCAACUUUGACCGUUCCCCCAACAAGUAGCCCGGUUCCAAUGACAUUGGCGUUCAAAAUCCGGUCACGAGGAUACGUGGUAGGGCAGCUAGUAAAAACAACACAUAUAAAGCAAAUCUCUUGCCCUGUGGGUAUUGAUUCUACCAGCAACAAAGCCAUCGUGUUCAAGAAGAAUUCGUGCACUUACGAGUGACUGUUCACACUGGAGUCCUAAAUUUCGUACCCAUUCAAUUUAGUCUGUGUCUCAAUGAAUUUGAUAAGAAAUUUGUAUGCAGAUUGCUUUUUUGUUCGUUUGUGCAGAGAUACCUCAGUAUGAAUAAAGAGUGGUUGCCUUUGUAAAGAUCCAUCUUUUUUAUUCUGUUCAAGAAGUUUUACUAAACUGUAAAA